UAGUCGCACUCCCUGGUUUCUGUUACUCCAUUUAUGACUCGCGCAUCAUUUCCGUGCUCCUAACCUCAAAUUGUUGAGCAGCAUUUCGAAUUCGAGCAUUUGAAAUUUGAAAGUUAAGCAGAAGUAAAGGUGAACAUUAGAGACAGUCUCUGGUAAAUUGUAGCAAUUAUAAUCGUGUGAAGUAAAUAGAGAGAGAGAAAAAAAAGUUUAUUUUAUGGCCAUCGACCUAGGUCCUUCAGCCCAAGUAAAUAUAUUUGUGCAAAAUGGUGAAUUAUUGCAGCGUGUAUAAUUGCAAAAACAGUAGUGUUAAGAAUCCUAAACUUAUUUUUUUUCUCAUACCAGGAGACACUUUCAGGUGAGUUAUUGAAUAAGCACGUGUUAAUGUUGGUAAAUUUUUGGUAAUAUUUUAGUUAAACUGCUAUACUUCGUACAUGCACGUGAAUGGUAUCUUAUUUAAUUUUUCCUAUCAUUUUCAGGCAAAUGAUUUGGCUUCCAAAAAUGGGAAGGCAAGAAUGGAUUCUGAAAAGACCAGAACUUCUCCACAAAAAAAGAAUAUGUAGUGAGCAUUUUUCUAAAAAAAUGCUAUCUGGAAGUAGAUUAAAAAAGGAUUCUUUUCCAGAUUUAUUCAAAGAAGGCAUUGGUGAGAAAGGGGUGAAUGUAAAUGCUUCAACUUCUGCUUCAACAUCUUCAAUGGAUAUUGAAAAUAAUGAGACCGUAGAUGAAUGCCGUGAGAUUUCUAUAAACCCCAACAUAUAUACUACACCAGAAAAGAAACCAGAAGAAACACAAACAUCUCCUAGUUUGUCUUCAGCCACUCCGAGGAAAAGAAAGUUACAAUCAGUGGUGAAGAAUUUGAAACGAAAAUUAGUUGCAACUCCAGAGAAGAAAUCUGUAGAUAUAAGUGAUGAAGAUUUCAUCCGAUUUUGUAGAAAAAAUUUCAAUUCGACCCUGGCAGAUUUUAUGAUCUCCCAAUUGAAGCUUCGAAAAAGGAAACCUCAUGGCUAUAGGCCAUUUCAUUAAAGACAAGGAAUAUGGACGAUGCAGCAAAGGAUUGCAUUGUGUGUGUUGACGAGAUGUCAAUAAAAACCCAUUUAUUUUACAAUAUCUCAUUGGAUCAAAUUAUUGGAUUUCACCAAUCCUUGUGAGAAAUUUCCUUGGAAUUACUUAUUAAGUUUGUAUGUUAGAUUAAGAAUUUUUUACACACUUAAAUUUUGCAAUAGAAACUUCAUUGCACAAAAAACAAACAAAAAAGAAAAAAAAAUUAUAAAAAUUUUACAUUUAUAGAUAUAUUAUUUGUUUCUCGUGUUUUUUGUAUUAUAUGUAUGUAUUAAUAAAAUUUUAUUCAUUA